AUGAACAGCAGGCAAGGAGCAGAAGCAUGGGCCAAGAUCGCCCAACAACUCAACCGCGCCCGGGUCCAGGCAUCCGGCGGCGGCGGCGGUGGGGGUAGGGGCAGCGGUGGUGGCGGCCCGGCAAAGGGAUUCAUGGCUGGUGGUGGUGCUAUCGUGGCCCUCGCUGCUGGCGGUAUCGCCCUCAACUCUGCGCUUUUCAACGUCGAUGGUGGUCACCGGGCUAUCAAGUACUCUAGGAUCCACGGUAUCAGGCCUGAUAUCUACCCCGAAGGUACCCACCUUGUCAUCCCAUGGCUCGAAACUCCUGUCCUGUACGAUGUCAGGGCCAAGCCACGCAACAUUGCUUCCUUGACUGGCACCAAGGAUUUGCAGAUGGUCAACAUCACAUGUCGUGUCCUCUCCAAACCCUCGGUGAACGACCUCCCCACCAUCUACCGCGACCUCGGCACCGACUACGACGAGCGCGUCCUCCCCUCCAUCGUCAACGAAGUCCUCAAAUCCGUCGUCGCCCAAUUCAACGCCUCCCAACUCAUCACCCAACGCGAAAUGGUCUCCCGUCUCGUGCGCGACAACCUCACCCGCCGCGCCAGGCGCUUCAACCUCAUCCUCGACGACGUCUCCAUCACCCAUGUCGCCUUUUCGCCCGAGUUUACGCAUGCGGUGGAGGCAAAGCAGGUGGCGCAGCAGAUUGCGCAGAGGGCGGCGUUUUUGGUGGACCAGGCGAUUCAGGAGAAGCAGAGUAUUAUCGUAAAGGCGCAGGGAGAGGCGAGGAGUGCGGAGUUGAUUGGGGAGGCGGCGAGGGGAAAUAAGGGGUUCUUGCAGUUGCGAAAGCUCGAGGCGGCGAGGGAUAUUGCUACGACUUUGGCUCAGAGUGGCAACAGGGUUAUGCUUGAUGGAAAGAGCUUGUUGCUUGAUGUCACCGAGGACGACGUACUCAACACCCUGAAGAAGUAA